AUGCGCAUCUUCAACGAGACCCAGGUAGCUCUUGCAGCGAGACUUGAAUCUAUACUUCAUGAGAUUUCACACCCCCACCUUGAUAGGUGGGGGUACCCAUUCUUGGACAGGAAGGCCACAGUCAUUCGAAAGAACUCGGCCUUCAAGCCCUUUCCCGAUACCCCAGGAAUCGGCAACUCAUCAGUAGUGCCUUCCACCGACACCGAAGAAAUCUCUACCCUCCUCCAUGCUUACGGCGAAGCUCUGAAAAGCCGGAAUGUGGACGAAGCAGUUGCCCUUUACACAGAAGAUGGAGUCAUCAUGCCGCCGCAUUUCUCGGCCAGUACAGGGACAGAGGCUCUACGCGACUCAUAUACACGAAUCUUUGCAACCAUCCAGCUCGUUAUCAAUUUCCAGAUUGAGGAGAUAGUUAUCAUGUCUCCGGAGUGGGCUUUCGCCAGGACGACGGCUGAGGGAACGAAGACGAUACUUGCCACCCAGGAGUCUGAGUCACAUGCGAAUCAGGAAUUGUUCAUCUUGAGAAGGAAUAAUGGAAAGUGGCUCAUUGCUAGAUAUGCCUUUUCUAGUAUGAAGCCUUUCGUGCAGAAUGGGAUUCGAAGGAGUUAA